CACGCUGAAGAGUCGUUAGUUUGUGUCGACGGCGCCACGCUUCAGUCGUAUCGCCGAGCGCUUUUCACGGCUAGAGCUCGGCGCGCUUACACGUCCGCUCGUCCUACGUACACGAAACGCGUUCAAAAGUUUUGCCGCGUUCAAGUGAAAACAAUUUCUUUUGACAUUUAAUCCGGACAUGGACAUUUCUGAAACCCUUUGUGUUAGAGCUGUGUUUGAGUGAAUAAGGAUUUUUUUGUUUAUUUUUAUCGGACUACGGCAGAGGAUUUCACUGAGUUUCCCAGGAAUCGUUCGAGCUAGAGCCAGUAGCCGAUGGCGCGCGGUCGCCCGGCGACUGUCCGCUGAACGUGCGAGCAGGCAGUACGAUGAACGACAUAUCAGCGAGCUCGUACGCAGCUGAUUCCCGCAGGAUGCAGCUCUUCUCGCACCCACAUGUUGGCCAUCGAGAGCUUUCGAUUCACGCUGUUUCUACACAUGAGCUGCUCAAGCCAAAAGAAGAGCCUUCUUACAGCCUGGCUUCGCCGGAACAUUGCUCCGUGAGCCUUUCCCAUGCAGACAAGAGACCUGAGAGGCCAGUCCCCUGCAACCACUAUGAGAGAGUCAACACUCCCUUGCUGUCCCGAGUCAAAACUAUGCCGACUGUAGCUACAUCGCUGCCAGAAACUAUAAGUACGGAACCCAAGCCGGAGCCGGCAUCGAGCUCGAGCUCAGGGAACUCGGCGAACUCGACUCCCACGUCCGAGGCCACUAAGCCGCCAUACUCCUACGUGGCUCUGAUCACCAUGGCCAUACAGAACAGUGAGACUAAGAAGGCGACAUUGAGCGAGAUCUACGCCUAUAUUACCAAGGAGUUUCCCUACUUCCAAAAGAACAAGAAGGGCUGGCAGAACUCGAUCCGCCACAACCUGAGCCUCAACGAGUGCUUUAUCAAGGUACCUCGCGAGGGCGGUGGCGAGCGUAAGGGCAACCACUGGAUGCUCGAUCCGCAAUGCGGGGACAUGUUCGAGAACGGGAACUUCAGGCGACGCCGUCGUAUGAAGAGGCCUUUCCGUGGGCCACCAUACGCGAAGGGGCUGUAUGCUGAGGGCUUCCACGGCGGGGCCAUGGGACAAGCGCACGUGCAGUCGCUGUCUAUCUCGGCUAACUACUUCGGCCCCGGGACAUACUCCUCGUCGUAUCCGCCUUUUGAUCCAAGUUGGUUGGGCCAGCCAUCCUCAAGCCUCGGGUACGGCGGCGGGUGUCCCCCGCACUCGAACAUUCAACACCAGCCGUCACCAUUCGGCUCCUACAUUACACAGCAGUUGCAGGAACAGCUGAGCCCACUGCAGCCCAUCCCGAUAUCAAUGAACACACCGUAUUCGAUGGGAUUUCCAAAUUUUGAUUCGCCGCCAAACCCGGCCCCGUCUUAUUCAACUGACGGUCACUCGGUGUCGCACCACGAUAUCGCUGAAGCUUCUCACUAUUGGGCAACAGAUUCAAACGCGAGCCAUUCACGAACAUACGAGCACAGCAGUGUGCGACCCGCCUCACACGAUGAAGGCAUUGAUGUGGCAGAGUCUGCUGCUCGCUACCUGUUCUGGUCUGAUGUGGGAAAAGAUGACAAUUCCCUGAACUUUGCUCCCGGCGACACAUAAAUGCCCAAAUGAAGAAAAAUCGGAGGGAAAUAUACAGAAGGAGAAACACUGAUUGCAUUGAACCUAAUACAUCCCACCGAUCACUUGCGGAUCAACUGCAGCAAGUAAUUGAUUAUAAGAAAAUCUCAAUUGUUUUAUCAUAAGUACUUAGAUGUUUUACAGGCCAUUUUCAAUUGUAGUCAUUCCAAUUGUUCAUUGUUUCUUAGCUCAUGUCAUAUAGACAUGUGAUCAUGAUAAAAUUGCUCCCAUGAACAUCUGGGAUAAUUCUGUGUUGUGUCAACAUUUUUGCCACAGAAUUAAAAAAUCAAUUCAAUAUGCUAAAUAAUUCUUCAAAGAUAAUUUUCUCAAAAAAUCAUGACACCCCUUUCAGAUCAUCUAAUUGAAAAUGGCCGCACUUAUUUUGAUGUUCGUAGCUCGUUCGUGUUGUUACCAAAUGCAGUGUAAUUCAGCCAUCUUAAUGUGUAGAACUAGUUGUAGGCGUGUAUCCAAUAGUUGUCGUGUUUCAUGUUUGUGAUACAGAACUCCUUCAACAUUCGUUUAUAAUUUUUAUUUUCCAAUAAUUAAUUAAUAUGUUCACUUUUGGUUAGUUAUGAUUUCGUUCUAGUGGCAAUCACAUCGAAGUGUGACGAAAUAGUUACUGGACUUAAAUCGGAAGCUAUACAAUUUACAAAUUGUAAAUGUGACUAGAUUACUUGUAAUUUAUUAUAUCUAAUUUAAUUUAAUUGUAUAGAAUAAUAUAAACCUUAUAAUAUCUCGGCAAAACUGAGUCAAUUACGUGUCAAUAAAAUUCUGUCCAAUUUCCAUUUUCGUAGCUUUUCUGACUGAUAUUAAAUUUUGUAAGUUUGGACAGACUAUCCAAUGGAUUUUUUUUACUUUAUUUUCUAGGUUUCCGAUUCAGUCAUUCAAAUUUAAAAUGUGUCAUUAAUUGAUAUAGAUCUGAAAUAAUAUAGUUACCAGAAUAUCGUAAUAAUAUAUAGGUAUUAUCGUAUACCGCGCAAAGGCAUAAUAGGAAUCAUAGAGAUCAAUGUCAGUGGAAUAAACAGCAGCUGAUUCAUUUGUAAGUGAAGUGGUUGCAAUUGAUAUGAUUGAACUUUACCCAACGAGUAGUCUGUCCAAAUGUUACAAUCUUCUAGAACUUUUAGACGUAUUUAAAAUGUGAAAUUCACAGGGUAUUAUAAGUAAUCGAUCGUAACGAAAUUAUUAUCUAUAUGCGGCGGACUGAAUUAGUGAUUUCCCCUUCUCAUAAAAUAUUCUUAUUUUACUGUAAGAUGUAUUCAAUAAGUUAUAAUCGAGAUAAUAUUUUUCGAUUUCUAUUCAAAUUUAACAAAAUCUAUCACUUAUCACUACACCCUUAUUCUCUAAGUAAAAAUAUUUUCGGGAAUCUUUGAAAGUCGGGAAUCGUGGUCCAAGUUAACAUUGAAGUUAAGGAUUAAGAUCUUAGUAUUGUUCGUAGGGCUUCUAGCCUCUUAGGGGAUCUGUUGAUUGUAGGAGCAGCGUUAAUUAUGGUGACUAAAUUAUAUAUAUACUUACGGUAUAUUAUUGAUAUAUUGAAACAGAUUAAACUUAAAUGUAAAAAAUCAAAUGAUUCACCGAUAACAAUCGAAAAUUUGACAAGUAUUUCGAUCUAUUGCCACGUUUUAUAUUUUUGCCAAUAAAUUUUAUUUUUAUGUUUUUCAUACGUAGCUAAACGGCGCAUCGUAUAUUAUUUUCAAAGAUUGAAGAACUGAUUUUCUGUCCAUUCGUUGGUACUUGCUCAAGCAAGUUGCUCUAUUGUGUAGGUAAUUAAUAAUUGUCUAAUUGUGUCUAAUAAAUCGAUGUUUAUGUAUAAUCUGUCAUUAUAAACUUUAUCGUGUGAACCCGUUUAGUACAAUAUGUCUGUCAUUUCAUAAUUAUACCUAUAUUAUCCAAAUUGUCGUAAGCUAUAUAGAUAUAAAUAGAUAUAACGAUAUUUAUAAGAGCCGCUUUAUUCUUUAGUUAACGCUAAUUUAAGUGUGAAUUCUAUUAUUGUAAAUAAUCGGUAGGAAUAAGCUUUUGUCAUUGGUCAAUGGGUCACUUUCGAGACGAGUAUGCUUAAACCAAAUUACUAUUCUGUACCUGAUGGAGGGAAAAAUCUGUUGUGAAAGGAAUUAUAAUACGAGAAUUCCUUUUAUUCGUAUACACGCUAAUUCCGUGAAACAAUUUAUGAGUAAAUUCAGCACUUUUACGCCGGUCAUUUGGCAAGAAUUUAAAUUUUCGAUGUUCGUAUUAAGUAUAGGGGCAAGUUGGUUGGAUAUUGUUAUAAGUUUAAUCUAUUGUUUUUUAUAUUUUUUAUUGUUCGUCUGUGUUUGAUUAUGUUAUUACGUCUGCGUCAUUUAAAAUGUUUUAAUCGAGAUUGAUUUUUUUGUAUGAUUCUAAUUUUAAUCGCCAAUAUUCCGUCAAUUUCAAUCCAAUUCUUUAAGUUAGUUGUUAAAUUCCUUAAAUUUAAACCAUAGUACGUGUAAAGUAGAUAUGUUUCGUAGGUGCUGUAGUUAUAAUAUCUUUCUCAGGUGUCAGAAUCUCGAAAUUUAAAUGUGUUUAAAUAUUUUGAUCUAAUAUUAAUGUAACAGUUAUAAUAAUAAUAUAUUACUAUAGCUGAAAAACCAAUUUAUAUGUGUUAGUAGAGAAUCGAUGUGUUGAAUGAUUUUUCCUCAUUGUAAGCAUAAGCAAUGGCUUUACAUUGAUUCAUUUAUGAUAUGUUACUUUGUUUUUAUGUUUAAAUCUUUUAUUGUUAGUCUGUUGAACAGAUUGAUUUAAAAUAUUCAAUAAAAAUUAAAUAAAUUGAAAUUCAAUUG